GGAUCAUUGGCCACUCCAAAAUAAAUUCGUAAAAAGUUUUUCACCAAUUUCAAAUCUUGUGCUUCAAAUGAGUAUUUUUUCAUUCGAGAAUGGAAAAUAGAUAUGGACAAGUAUUACAUAUCGAUUAUUUACAACACUAUUUUAAUUAUGGUGGAUAUAAUUAUUCUAAUUGGUGGAGACAGUAUAUAUAUUGUUCGUGCUUGUAGUUCAUUUUCUAUUGUUAGGUAUGUACACAAAUAACUUUUUUUUAUUCUGUUACGGAAAAUUAUAAGAAUUUUAUUUCCUAGUCAAAAAUUCAAGAAAAUGACGUCAGAAUUAGAUGUCAACAUGGAAAUUAGCAAAUGUUACAGAUGUUACAUAAACGCAAAUGUUAGCGAAUGCCGCAUGAAUGCAAUAUUUAAAUCGGCAAGCGAGCAAGUGAUAUACCAGGAACACAUUAUUUGUUUAAAGAACUAUCAGAUUGUUUUAGAGUAGAGUUUUUUUAAAUAAUCUUGCCACUGUAUAUAUGUAAUUUAUUUGUGAUUCAUUUUUAUAAUAUAUUAAUGUACGUUUUAUUAUUUACAGGUUUGUCAAGAUAUUGAACUCAUUACAUCGAGUAGUGACAUUAAUCUGGUUGUUUAUUGCUUAUAUGAUUUUAAGUCUAGGUGGAAUUCAAGUAAACAGUAUAAGCUAUUAUUUGUAUACUUUUUAUAGAAAUAUAGAAAAAAGAAAAAAUUAAUAAUAAUCCAUUAUUAAAUAUUAAAAUGUUAAUAAAUAUUAAAAAUUACUAACGUAUUAUAUAAUAUAAUGCAUUUUGUAUGUUGUAGCUCCUAUAUGUGUUGGAUAAGUCUAAAACGAUAAUAAAAAUUAUUGUCACAGUCAUAGACAUGGUAUUGCAAUUCAUGCUCCUUUGCUAUCCUGGUCAAAAGUUGCUAUAUGAGAAUCAAAAUGUUUUCUAUCAAAUAUAUGCUAUACAAUGGAAUAUAUUCUCACCAAGAUUAAAAUCGUUGAUUAUAAUUCUUCAUAAAAGUUUUAUACUUUGCGACUUAACGGAUUGUAAUAUAUUUUCAAUAUUAAUGAAGACUCAUAGUGCAGUGGUGCAAUCAGGCAUAUCUUACUUCAUGAUAUUUUUAUCAUUCAAAGAUUAAUUAGUUCUGUAUAUUUUAUAGCCCUUCCUUAAUUCUGUCAGAAUUAAUAUGUUUGAGCCAUUAUUUCACGAUAUUAUCAAGUUCCAAUAGAGAACUUUUUACAAUUAGAUUUUGCUUAGACAUAAAAAACACUUUGAAAGUGAUUGCAUCUACAUUUAUUCACUAGCACAUUUUACGCCAACAAUGUAAAUGUAAUUGAACUACGAGUUUACGAAAUGAGUUAUCUUUUCCCUCGUCGUACUCAUCUUCAAUUCUUCACAUGCAUGUCAUUCAUAACAUAACAUUUAUAGCAAAAAUAUCAUGCUGCAUAUUUUACGAGAAUACAAUAUCAAUAAAAUAUUAUUGUCACAUAUUGGUCUUUGGCCAUUACAAAGUAAAUUUGUAAGACGUUUGUUACCGAUUUCAUUACUCAUACUUAUGAUAAGUUUCUUUCUCUUGGAGGUAACAAUAUAUCAAUAUGUAUAUUCAUAAUCUAUGUAAUACAUGUAGUUCCCACAUGAAUACAAGUAGUGCAUAAAAUGUUACUUGUAAUAUACUUUUUUAAAAUAUAAUAUGUAUUUAAUAACUUAAAAUUAAUAUUACACUUAGAUAAUAAUGAUCUUUGAUUGUUGGAAAGAUAAGGAAAUAAUUUUUGAUAUUUGUCUCGUCGUUGCCGCAUUGGUUGUUUUUAUUGCUAAGUUAUGUAAUGAGCUUUUUAACUAUGACACGGCACAACGUUUAUACGAAGCUAUGGAAAAUCAUUGGAAUAUAUUUACAAAUGAAUCUGAAGUGCGUAUUCUUAAAAAUAAUUCUAGUAAAUCACGAAAAUAUAUAAAAAUGUAUGCAAUUCUAUUAUACACAGCAAUAGCAAUAUUUCUGUUGACUCCACUUAAACCAAUAUUACUCGAUAUUGUAUCGCCUCUUAACGAAUCACGAAAGCGAUACUUUGCAAUUGCUUUUGAAGUAAGAAUAGAUAAGGACAAGUAUUACGUACCGCUUUUUUGUUACAAUACGUGUGUAAUAUUGGCAGGUGUAGCUGUUAUAAUUGGUACCGACAGUAUAUUUAUUACUCGUACAUUUCAUGCUUAUAGUUUAUUUUAUAUUGUUAAUCAACAUUUCAAGAGAAUAUUAACAUCGGAUAUCAAUAUAAAAGAUAGCGAAUAUUACGGACGUAUAAACGUAUAUGUUAAUGAAUACUACACGAACGCAAUGUUUAAAUCGACAAGGGAACAAGAGAUAUACCAGAAAUUCGUUAUAUGUUUGAAAAAACAUCAGAUUGCUUUAGAGUUUGUUGAUUUAUUGAAUUCAAUUUAUCGAUUAGGGACAAUAAUUACGAUAUUAACCCCUUGUAUGGUUAUAAGUUUAUCUGGAAUUCAACUAAUAUAUGUGUUGGAUCAAAUUGAGCUGGUAAUAAAACAUGUUAUGGUUAUCAUAUCAGGGUUAAUAAAUCUCUUCCUUUUUUGCUACUUUGGUCAACAGUUGUCAAAUGAGAGUCAAAAUGUAUUCUAUCAAGCAUAUGCUAUAGAAUGGUAUACAUUCUCAUUGAGAAUAAAAUCGUUGUUGAUGAUAACUUUUCAAAAAAGUAUUAUACCUUGCAGCUUAAAAGCUGGUAAAAUAUUACCAUUAACAAUGACAACUUAUGCUACAAUGGUGAGAGCAGCCAUAUCUUACUUCAUGACAUUCUUAUCUCUCAAAGAUAGUUAAUUAGUUCCGUAUGUUUUAUAGUUCUUUCUUAGCUUUGCCAGUAUCAAGCUAUUUGAGCGAUUGUACGAUAUUUUAUCGAGCUCCGUUCAAGAACUUCUUAUAAUUAGAUUUUGGUUUAGACAAAAAUUAAUUGUAUCUAAAUUUACCGCUAGCACAUUUCAUGCCAAUAAAGUAAAUAUAAUUAAAAUAUAACUUUUCCAAAUGGAGUAUUAUUCACCGUUUUAGAUAUAUGUAUAAAAAAGUCGAGUCAUAUAUGAGAUAAGAAAAAAGGUCAAAAACUCAGGACGCACUGAGUGUGAGUAAAACUACCACUCAAACGUUACCUUAUAAUUUUAUAUUAAUACUGUGGUCGUAAAAAUAGAUCGAUAAAAUGACAAAAUGGGCAUCUAUCCGUCUUUAUUCUCAUUUUGAAUACUUGCAUCGUACAAUUAGAGCGUCACGCAAUCUUAUUAUUUUGUACGUGUAAGUAUUUAACUGGAAAAUCUAUCUCUCAAGUGUUUUUUAAAAUACAAGAAUAAGAAAUGGGAAAAUAGAAGUUUAGUUUUAAUACAGUUAUAUAAUCAUAUAGCAGCUAAAUUGCCCUUUCUUGAUUCUUGAUAUCCUAUAAUUUCAUAUCACUGGAAACUUGAAAAAAGUGGUAGUACAUGCCAUGCGUAUCAUUUGUAUCAUAGCACUCAAGCAGCAAUAUGCUAGCACAUGUUUUACGAGAGUAUAAUGUCAAUAAAAUAUUAUUAUCAUAUUUGGAUCUGUGGCCAUUACAAAAUAAAUUCAUAAGAAGCUUAUUAUCGAUGUCAUCUCUUGUGAUUCAAAUGAGUAUCUUUUCAUUUGAGGUAAUAAUACGUCAAUAAAUAAAUUACAAUUACAUAAAUCUUAUAGUGCAUAAAAUUUUCUAAAUAAACUUUUUAUAUGUAUAUAUGUACUUAAUAACUUAAAAUAAUUAAAAUUGCACUUAGAUAUUAUUGUUAUAUAAUAAAUGAGAAGAUAAACAAUUGUUUACUGAAACUGUUCAUGUCUUCAUAGGACUAAUCCUAAUUGUCAGUAAGUUAUUUAAUGAGUUUUGAAAUUAUGACAAGGUAUGUAUGUCAAAAAUAUCACUAAAUAUCAUUUCUUUAACAUGUAAUGUUUAUAUCUAAAUUAGAUAUAUUUUGAAGAAAAAAUGCAAAUAUUUCAAUAGUGAUAUAAUUUAAUAUUCUGCAAAAUUUAUCUUCCUCCUUUUUUCGAAAGAGAAUAGAUUAAUUAAAUAUAAAAAAGAUAGAUUUAUUAAAGUUUUAAAAAUUACGGAAAUUAAAAUUUACUAAUUUAGAUGUUUUAAUUAUAUAGAAAUAAUUUUUUACGAUUUUUUAGAUCAAUUUUUGCAGAAUCGAUUUUUUAAUUCUAAUUUUUCAAGAGAAUCGAUUUUCACAAUUCGAUUCAGAAUCGAUUCAAAAAUCGAUUCUUUUAAGAGAAUCGAACAUUCCUAUAUUUUUUCUAUAUCCUUCUCGUACAUGUAAGUGUUUCUGUUUUGCCAUGUAAGUGUUUCUGUUCACUAGCGCCUCUAUGUGCAUAAAACGUACAUCUUGAACUACGUAGCCAGCGUUCACGAAGGUAAAUAAUUUAAUGUAAUGUGGCAUCAUAAAAAAUAUUUAAAAUGUAAAUAACAAUUAAAUUAUAAAAGCUAAAUAAAAGCAUCAAAAUAAGUAUAAUAAUACUAAAAUUUA